GCAGUUAAUCACUGUGUUGAUAUUCAUAAUCGCACAUUCGCGUUGCGGAGUCGUGGUAUGUUGACUGCCACUGUUGUUUGCCGGUAUUUGCAAUCGAAACCGAUUGUGUUUGGGCUUCACACUCGCAGUUUCCUUGAAUCAGUAACAAAUCAACUUCAACGACAUCGUUUCAUUUCCAUUUAUGCAAAAAUGGCCAAUACAACUGACGAUGCUAAAGAGCAAAGCAGCCGACCUUACACCGUUGAUAUUGGAGGAAUGAGAAUCCGGUAUAAGGAAAAAAGUGAAACUUUUACUGAGGAUCAUCUUGUAAGCAAGGAACCUUUUGGUCAAUUUAAAGCUUGGUUUGAAAUUGCUUGUGAAACACCUGGAAUUGGCGAAGCGAAUGCUAUGUUUUUAGCAACUGCUACAAAAGAUGGAAUGCCUUCUUGUAGACCUGUGUUAUUGAAGGGAUUUGGAACAGAUGGAUUCAAAUUUUAUACUAAUUACGGUAGUCGUAAAGCUAGAGAAUUAGAAGAAAAUCCAAAUGCAGCCUUAACAUUAUUUUGGGAACCUCUUCGUCGUACAGUGAGGAUAGAAGGAACAGUUGAAAAAACUUCAUCUGAAGAUUCUGAUAAUUAUUUUAAUAGUCGUCCAUAUCACGGACAAGUUGGAUCAUUGUCUAGCAGGCAAAGUACUGUAAUUCCUAACCGAGACUUCCUUAUUGAAAAAGAAAAGGAAUUACAAAAGUUGUAUCCAGAUACAGUGAAACGACCUGAUUGGUGGGGUGGAUACAUAGUUAAGCCAAAAUCUGUUGAAUUUUGGCAAGGACAGAGCGAUCGUUUGCACGACAGAAUUAAAUUUAGAAGGCAAUUACCUGGAGAAAUUGUAGAUAAUGUUUUGGUUCAUGAAGGAGUUGAUGGCUGGGUAUAUGAAAGACUUUCACCUUAAUACUUGAAUAUAUUGUGAUAAAAAUUUGUUUUGCAAACUUGAAUAUUUUAUGCAGGUCGUAAAAAAAAUUUUUUUUUAGAAUUAUAUUAUUCAUUCCAUUCAAUAACAAAAUUUUAUUGUAAUAUUAUGAAAGAGACAAUACUUGUAAAGUCUUUAACUAAGUUAUACACUGCCAUAAGUUUUAGUACUUUUUUUGUUUGUAAAAAUGUAAUAUACAGUGUUCAAAUCUA